AUGCCUGCCUAUGCUAGGAGCAUGUGGACAUUCGCGCAGACCCAGAUCACGACUAUCGACUCGCGGCGACCGUCACCCUGCAUUUUACCAAGGGCCACAACUUCGUGUAGCAGCGAUUCGCAGUCAAAUGCCUUCGAGUUCCGAGAGUUCACAGACUCCAAAUACAAUUGUGUUUGUGUGAUCAAGCUCCUGCUCGUGUGGGCUCUUCGGAUCGGUGCUGUCAAAGAGAAGACCUUGGCUCAGAUCAGGGCCAGCAUCAUGGCGCGACCUUCUCACCCGCUGGUGUGGGCUACGCCAAAGAACCCUGUCAUUGUCGCAGGCACAGUAAACCAAUAUCAUCGCCUUCGUUAUGAUACCCCUGCGAAGGAAAAUGUCAUUAUCCUGGCUGUUGAUGAAGCAGCUCGUGCUGCCGGUUUGAGUCAACGCAUUCGGCCACACGACUUCCGACGUGGCGCGGCUUUUGAGAUCGCGACUCUUCCUGUGGCUAAUGUGCGAGGCGAAGCGGGUGCCGCACAACUCCUCGGACAUAGCAAGGCGUCUGUGGCAGCAGAUGUCACAAGUCGGUACGUCGGCCACACGGCUGACGAUACAUGGUACAUUCGCGUACGGACAGUAGUCAAGAAACGGACAAAGUAUAUACUCGAAUUUGCCCCAGCCCCCGUCCCAUUCAAGAGGAGACGCAAUUCACCCAAAGACGUCACUGCUUUCUGCGAAAGCAAAGGUCUCGAUCCCACCGACCCCAAAAGCCGUCACAAGGCCAGCGUUCAACUGCGGAAACAGAAAAACGUUCCGUCUAACGAAGAGAAGAUCGUCAUCCCGCAAGUUCAACCACUUGAUGAACCAUCUGCUCUGGAACCUGCUCGGUACUCCUCCCUGGACACCACCGAGGAUUCUGCCAUGUACCCUGCCCCAUACUCCUCCCUGGACACCACCGAGGACUCUGUCAUUGACUCUGCCCUAUUCAACUCCCCGGGUACCACCGAGGACCCUGCCCUACACACUGCCCGGUACACCACUCGGUCCGUCACUCAGUCCGCCACGGGUGUCACAUCUCUGCGGGUGAUUAGUGCUGAAAAAUCGCCUACACUUGUUGGGUCUUCUUCUGCCCGCGAUGCGCCUGCCGCCAUCCUCGAUCCCCAGAGCGGCAGCUCUGAUGACCCCGCAGCAGUCCUGCAUGGCGACCCCUACGAUUUUGCUACCUACCUUGCUACAGUCAACAUGUACAGGUUUGAUUCGCCUGAAUCGAUCGCCCUUCCGGCUUGGGUAAAGUCGGGGGGUAGCCGAGACCCUCCCACAAGAUGGAUGUACCCUUGUCCUUUGCCAUUAUGUCCAAGGACAUUCGCAAACUCGAAGGCCGUGAACGGACAUGCCAAGAAUUGCAACUUCGGAAAGUCCACAGAGGGCAAGAUGGUGUGCGAGAAGUGCGGCUAUGCGGUCGGGUCUCGGGCGGCGUUCAGCAAGCACCGGGUCCACUGUUAUUAUGUGCCCGCUGUUUGCACGAAGGACUUCUGCUCGGAUCAAACUCUCUGGCCCAACCCUCACGCCUUACAAGGCCACAUUGACCGAGCCCAUCACGGAUGGACCAGGUAUGGUUGUCCAGUUGAAGGCUGCCCACGGCUGACGGAAGAAUUCAUCAACAAGGGGGCUCAGCGGUCUCAUAUGUUCAGCCUCCACCACGACGUGUAUGAACAAUUGAUGGCCUGGGUUGACGGCGCGGAAUAUCCACCCUUGCCUGAUCAAGAUCUAAGCUGGACGAGGCGUAAUUGCCCUGUCGCGUACUGUAAGUGGAAUAACGCCGAUUUCAUCUCGAUACGGUACCAGACAGUGCACUUCCAGAAGUUUCACGAGCAUCAUUUGGUGGAACUCAAAGCCUGGGUUGGAGGUGCACAAUACCCUCCCAUCCCCCCUGCUGUGCCAACUUUGCCAGCAUUGCCUGACUAGUGGUUCAAAGCGACGGUCAAGCGUAAGCAAGAAUGGACUCGACGCACUUGCCCCGUUCAAGGCUGCAGGAGAAACGGUGAAGUCUUCGAAUCCAAACCAGCCCUGAUAACCCAUUUUGACCACUUCCACCACAAUAUCCACCUGAAGUUGAGAGCCUGGGUUUCGGGUGCGGACCUUGACAUUGACGAGACC